AGAAAAAUCUGUGCUUAUCGUCUUCUUCCUGAUGUCAGUAUUUCAUCGUUAGCUUGUUGACUCUUGCAGUCUGCGUAGGACUGUUCUUGCUUGCUGCUCUUCAGAUUCAGGCUGCGUUUUUUCGCCUUCUUCGACAGAAAUGGCAGGGGGGAUCGUCGGAGGUGAAGUGGGCAAGAGAGCGGAGCUCUACGAGGGCAGAGUCACCAGCUACUUCAUUUUGGCCUGCGUGGUGGGUUCCCUUGGGGGUUCCCUCUUUGGCUACGACCUCGGCGUCUCCGGGGGCGUGACCUCCAUGGAUGAUUUCUUGAAGGAAUUCUUCCCUAGAGUCUACAGAAGGAAGCAGGCGCACCUUCACGAAACUGAUUACUGCAAGUACGACGAUCAAGUGCUGACUCUCUUCACCUCGGUGCUCUACUUCGCCGCGUUGUUCUCGACGUUCGGAGCGUCGCUGGUGACGAGGAAACGAGGGAGGAGGAUGAGCAUUCUGUGCGGCUCGAUCAGCUUCUUCCUCGGGGGAGCCAUCAACGCAGGAGCUCGAAAUGUCCCCACGCUUAUUAUCGGAAGAAUUUUCCUCGGCAUAGGAAUUGGAUUCGGAAACCAGGCAGUUCCUCUCUACCUUUCGGAGAUAGCGCCGCCGAAGAUCAGAGGCGCAGUGAACCAACUGUUUCAGCUGACCACCUGCUCGGGGAUACUGGUCGCCGACGUCAUCAACUACUUCACCGAGAAAAUCCACCCUUGGGGCUGGAGACUGUCCCUCGGGCUGGCCAUGGCGCCUGCGGUUCUCAUGUUCGUCGGCGGCCUCUUCCUCCCCGAGACCCCAAACAGCCUCGUGGAGCAAGGCAGGCUGGAAGAGGCGAGGGCGGUCCUGGAGAGAGUGAGAGGAACCUUGAAGGUGGACGCCGAGUUCGAGGACCUGAAGGAGGCGAGCGAGGCGGCCCGGGCGGUGAAGCACCCGUUCAGGAACCUGCUCCGGCCGCGGAACCGGCCGCAGCUCGUGAUAGGGGCCCUCGGCAUCCCCGCGUUCCAGCAGCUCUCCGGCAUGAACUCGAUCCUGUUUUACUCUCCCGUCAUUUUCCAGAGCCUCGGCAUGGGCUCCGGCGCUUCCCUGUACUCUUCCAUCAUCACGAGCUCCAUGCUGGUGAUCGGAGCGCUGAUCUCCAUGUCGGUCGUGGACCGGCUGGGGAGGCGGUUCCUGUUCAUCGAGGCCGGGUUUCAGAUGGUUACCUCCAUGGUCGUCGUCGGAGUAAUUCUUGCUCUGGAGUUCGGCCAUGGCGCGGAGCUGCCCAAGAGCCUGGCUGUGAUUCUGGUGCUCGCGAUCUGCGCCUUCGUGGUGGCCUACGGGUGGUCGUGGGGCCCCCUCGGCUGGCUGGUUCCGAGCGAGAUCUUCCCCCUGGAGACGAGGUCCGCCGGCCAGAGCAUCGUGGUCUGCGUCAACAUGUUCUUCACGGCCGCCAUUGCCCAGUGCUUCCUGGCCAUGCUCUGCCACCUGAGGUACGGCGUCUUCAUCCUCUUCGCCGGCCUCAUCGUGAUCAUGUCCGUCUUCGUCAUCCUGCUCCUCCCCGAGACCAAGCAAGUGCCGAUCGAGGAGAUGUCGCAGCUCUGGGAGAAGCACUGGUUCUGGAAGAACAUUGUGGCCAGGGAUCAAGAACGGCAGCAGCAGCAUUGAGAGAUGGAUUGCAAGGAACACUCUCAAGAUAAUGUUUCAGCUUUUAUAUUUCUGUGAAAUGUUUAAAAAAUUAGACGGAAAAUAUUUGAAUUGUCGAUUCGAUAGGUCGGCUUGGAUAACGGUAAGAAAAUGAUAUCGUAGACAUAAUUUAUAUA